UCCACCUGAUGACGUAACAAUGUCAUAAUGUUUUGAUUACCGGCGCGGUCGCAGUAAAGGGCUCCUUUUUACGAUGGAAACCGACGAGAGUGCCGUGUUGAUGAUCAUGUACGAGGAUGAGUCGGUAGAUAUCCGGUAUAGGAACGGAGCGCGGUUGCAGCUGUCGCCGUGCGGCUCUGAAUUCCUGCUGGUGAAAGCCUCAGACUCCCGCCGACAUCCACUGCAGCCCGCUGAGAAAGUCCGACAGAGGACCAGGUUCACCAUCAGCACAUACAAGAAGCUGAUGUUGGCUGCACUGGCAUUUAGAAAUAAGUAUGCCCGUCAACCAUAUCUGCCACAUGAACUUAUCUCUGCUGAGAACAAAAAGCCUUUUUUCAGCAUUGAUUCAGCUGUACAUUGGCCAGAGGUGUCAGCCUCUCUGGCUGAAUUCGGACUUGGAGGCGAGACCAUCGUCAGGUCAGAGGAGGGACAUGCUGUGUUGGUGCUGUCAUCCUCCGGUGAAGAAUUCACAGUGGAGUUCAUGUGCAGCCUCAGUUCUGCUCGUAAUCAGCACCGCAGUGUGCAGCAAGUGAGCAGAGAUGAUAGCUACGGCAGACAAGAGCAAGCAAGCAGUCCAAUACCCGAUAAUACCAGUGAUCACACCGAAGUGGUCCGGCACGGAAGAAGAAACAUGAGGACAAUGCUGACCAGACCGAGGUCUUGUUCUCCUCAGAUGAUCAGCGAUGGGCACCAAAAGCCUGAACAGGUGUACCAGUCCACCACAGUGGUCCAGCAUCAUUCAUGCUGUGCAGUUGCUCCCAAAUGGGCCUACCCUCUUUCCGUGGCUCGCCAUCACUGGGCAGCUCGUUUCUCUAAAGCUAAAGAUGUAGCGGAUAGAGGAGCUAGCACUUCGAACCAAUCAGACAAGACAAUAAAGAAAUUGGACAUAUCCUGUGAAGGCAGAAGGUCCCGUGUUCCUCAGGCGCUGCCUCUCACGUGUCCAACGCCUCAUCGGCACAGGUGGAAGGUUAAAGAUCCCCUGGCCAAAGAAGAACACACAGACCUUCCGACUGAGAUGGUAAAGGUAGUGUGGUGUCAGGGAGUCACUUACAGGAUACUGAGUGGAUCUGUCUCAGCUGUUGAGGUUUCCCCAGGGGAUGGAUCAGUCAUCCGCUCUAACCGCAACCUUAACUCUUAUUUUACGCAUCACAAAACUGAACUCCAGUCAGGGCGGGUCAAAGAGGUAACCUACCAUUUAAACAACCUUCCACCUGAUGUGCUUGGACAGGCCUACUCUGUUUGCUCUAUUGUGAGUCGUGCAAGCAGGAUCCUGGCUUGCUACAACCAGGCCUUGAAGUCACUGAAGUGUCCAGCCUUACCCAGCUGCUUGCAAGAGCUCGAAGAUGGAUAUUUUUGUAAACCAGCAGCGUUUGAAGAAAUGGUGUCCAUUCCUGUGCCUGCUGAGCAACGCAUGAGUGUGACAGAGGAAGCAGGCAGUUUAUCAGAGCUCGUUGCUGCAGAGCUUGAGAAGAUAAAGCGAUUCACCUUUCUGCUGGAGAACAGUCAUGUGCUGAGAAGUGGAAAAGCACAUGCAGAUGAGGAGGAAAGACCUGCAGACGUCACUUGUGAGCCAUUAAAUGACAACUAUGUUGCUGAAGCUCUUCAAAGGACAUCCAAAGCAAUUCAGGAUAUUGACGCUCUCGUAUCUGCUGCCACACUAACUUAAAACAAUCCUUAUGUUUAAGCAGGAAGCCAUAUUUGUGUGUUUGUCUCAAUAAAAAAUAUAAUAAAACUGUAUGGAAUUAUACUUAAAGUAUGUAUUACUAUGUAAUGGGGUUGCAUAGACUUUUAAUAUUUUAGUCUACUUAACAACCCCAAAAAAGUUGGGACACAAUUUAUUCAUAAUGGAACAUAAUCAAAUGUUUCAAUUAAGACAUUGUAACAUUUUAAGGGGGGGGGAGUUUUAUUUUGAAUUUGAUGGCACCAAAACAUCUUAUAGCUGCUGCGUAGCAUCCUUUGUUCUCUUAACCACAGCCCAUAACCAUCUGGGAAGUGAGGAGACCCAUUGAUGGACUUUUGGGUGAGGAAUGGUUUACCAUUGAUGUUUGAUAGGGGAUUUGAGCAGUUCAGCAGUCCAGGGUGUUCAUUGUUGUAUUUUUGAUUUCAUGUUGCGCCAAAUGUUUUCAGCUAGUGGAAGGUUUGGAAUGCAGCCAGGCCACUUCAGCACCCAGACUCUUUCACUAUGAAUCCUUGCUGUUUUAACAGAUGCUGGAUGCAAUUUGUUUGUAGUUCUCAUCUUCAAACAUUAACAUUGGCAAAUAGUUUAUGCUGGCUCUCCUGACUGGGGUUUUCAGCUCAAUGUCCCGGAUUGCGUUCUAUCAUCAGGAGGGCAUUAGAUCACAGUAGGGAGGAAAAUCAGAGCUCCAGCAGAUCCAAUAUAAUAAAUUUCAAAAGGAAUCUAUUUUGGGGUUUAGUGUAGGGAUCAGACUUUCAAAAUAAAGCAUAUUCAGAUUGCUCUGACAAGACAGCUCUGUAGUGCUUCUCCUGUCAAAGCAGUGCAGAAUCAUUAGCAUUUCUAUAGGUGCUAUGACCUGAAGUUGGACUGAAAAUCUGUACAACUCAAAAAGUGAACAGAAGUGGAGACCGCACAGUCCUCUGUGAUGCUCCAGUGCUGCACAUCACCUAAUCAGACAGAGGUCCAUCCAGUCCCAGGCACUGCAGUCUCUCUGUCAGGUAGUCAGUAACCCAAAACAUUGUUUUAAAUUCAAGAAACUGAACUUCUUUAAAUGACCAAACUGAUAGAUGCAGUAAUACUAAGCAUCUGAAUCUUCUUUGCAGUUCAUUUAAUGUCAGGGGUGAAUAGCUUUCAAUCUAUUUUCCAGAUCUGUGUUCCCUUGUAACCAUAAACUUUGGUUGCAUUAAACUACGAACUCAGUGAACUAUGCAGCACAUUUUGUUUACAUUGUAAUCAACCGGCAGGGAUUGGUUUCCCAGUCUCUGUUAUCAUCCAGUGGAGACAGCAGCUGCCAUUGCCCCAGUGAGUCAAAACAACUAAAUAGUUUAUGGCUGAAGAUUUUUUAUUUUUUUGAGCGAGUGACUAUUGACACAUUUUAAAUCCCUGAUUUGCCAAUUAUGUACAGUAGCAGAAUGAUCUACCUAAUACACUCAGUAAGCUCAUAGAUUAUGGGGAAGAUUAAUAUAAAAUCUCUCAUUACAACCCAUGAGGAUUUAAAAGAAGAGAAAGAAUCACAGAGCCAUCGCCUACUGUAUAACUUUGUAUCUAUGAUGAUUCCAGUUCACUAGCUGAUGCGCUCAGAGCAAAUGUAAAUUAUAAAGUUGCCUAUCAUAUCUCUUUCUCAUGUGACUUUACACUUUCUCUAUUUUCAGUGACUUAAUCAGCUGUUUCUAUUUCCUUUAGGCUGUUUGUUAAUAAAAAUGUAUUCAUAUUAAUUUUAAAAUAGGAAUACAUUAAUGUUAUUGAUGUUAAUGUAAAUAUAAUAGGCCUGCUAUAAGCUACUGCCAUACCGUUAACUUUUUUUUCUGAUUAGCUCACU